AUGGGACUGUCAUCUAGAAAUGUUCAUCAUCCACCAAGAAGUAGAAGAUCUUCAUCGAUAGACCGGAGAUCUCGUCAUAACUCGAUUUCUUCCUUGGAUUCAUCGACUAGCUUCUUGAUCGAUGACAACAACCAUGAAAUGUUUUCGGGUGCUGCUUCGGAAAUUAUACCGUCGUCUAUUACUUCUUUACACUAUCCUCAUCACUUCGGAAGGCUUAAGAGUCGCCAUGGGUCCAGCGUGUCUAGGGAGACCUCACCAUUGUUGGAAACUGAUUAUAAUCAAGCGAUAGAUCUUGAGUCAGUUAAAUCUAAUGAAAGUAACCAUUCCUAUGACACUCAAAGAGGUUUCAAGUUCUUUUCACCCGAUGAAAUUGAACUGGCACCAGGUGGAUCGACUUUGGAAAACCCCGAGGAUCCCAUCGAUUACAAUACUAAUUGGGAUUAUUCUGUCGACAAGUAUACCGAGGAAGAACCUAUAGAGUUAGACGAGGGCCCAUCUCUUUUUCAUACCCAGCCAGGAAGCUCUAGCAAAUAUAUGCAACAAGAUAAUGAGGAUAUGGAAAGUAGUUACGGAUCGUUAAAUUCCAACUCAGCUUCACACUUUGAACGCCGUAACAGAAGUGAUUCUGGUGAUUCUGAUAAGAGCGACUCAUUAAUUAGUGAAAAUAUGGAUUAUGAUAGAGGUGAAGAAACUCUCAAGGACUACCCAGCUGUUUCGAAAUAUCAGAGGUUCUACUUAGCAGAAGAAGAUUUGGUUAUUGGUAUUGCAGGGUAUACUAACUGUUUAUGGAAAAAGGCAUUAUACUAUCUUAUUUGCAUUGCAACAUUAGGAUUAGGAUACUUGGUUUUGAGAUGGUUCCCCAAAUACAAAGUAAAUUUAAGAGGGAAUCAAUCUCCAUUAGGAAAAGCAGAUUGGUGUGUAAUUGAGAAUGAAUUUGGUGAAUUAAUCAUAGUAAAUGUUAUUAAACAGAAACAUAAUGAGAGACUUUCGCAUUUUUUGACGGUCUAUGAAUCAGAGAAAGAUACAGAAGAAAAUGGAAAAAUCGAUUCAUUUGAUCAGAAACAAACAGAUCCAAUUAUUCCUUAUAUGCAUUCGUUUACUUAUAGAUACAUCAAAUUUUUUUACAAUCCCGUGGAAGAUAUGUUCAAGAAUAAUUCUAAUUGGUACGAUGCCCAUUGGCUUAAUCUCAAAAAUACCAGAGAAGGAGUUUCACAAUCAACUCAAGAGCAGAGAUUAAAUAUCUUCGACGAGAACACGAUUUCUAUAGAGGAGAAGACAAUAACCCAAUUAUUAAUGGAUGAAGUGUUGCACCCAUUCUAUGUUUUCCAAAUUUUCUCUAUCAUCCUUUGGUUAGAGGAUGAUUAUUAUUAUUAUGCAUCUUGUAUUUUUUUCAUCUCUGUCAUUUCAAUUGCGAACUCCUUGCUUGAGACUAGAACAACGAUUAAGAGAUUGCAAGAAAUUUCAAAAUUUUCUUGUGAAGUUAGGGUUUGGAGAAAUGGGUUUUGGAAACAAGUUGAAUCAAGCGAAUUAGUUCCUGGUGAUGUAUUUGAAGUUGACCCUUCACUUAACGUAAUGCCCUGUGAUGCCUUAUUAAUUAACGGUGAAUGUGUUAUCAAUGAGUCGAUGUUGACUGGUGAGAGUGUUCCUGUCACUAAAGUAAGUGCAACAAGCGAAACUGUUCAAUAUUUGCCUGAAAACUUCAUGGUUCCAAUGUUAGCUAAGUCGUUUUUAUACAAUGGGACUAAAUUAUUGAAAAUGAAGUCUGCAAAUGAUGAACCCGUUACUGCUAUGACAGUUAAAACUGGUUUUAACACCACUAAAGGGUCAUUAGUUCGUUCCAUGUUAUUUCCUAAACCAACAGGGUUUAAAUUUUAUGAAGAUUCUUUCAAGUAUAUCGGGUUCAUGCUCAUGAUUGCAGCCAUUGGAUUUACUUAUUCAACAUAUAAUUUUAUUAAAUUAGGCAUUCCUAAAAGAAUAAUGAUAUUAAGAGCAUUAGAUAUAAUCACUAUUGUUGUUCCACCUGCUUUACCAGCAACCUUAACUAUUGGUACUACAUUCGCAAUUAAUAGAUUAAAGAAAUUUCAAAUCUUUUGCAUUGCCCCUACCAGGGUGAAUAUUGGAGGCAAAUUAGAUGUUAUGUGUUUCGAUAAGACAGGAACAUUAACAGAAGAUGGACUAGAUGUAUUAGGUAUACACUUGGCUAAUAAUGCUAGAGGUAGAAAGGAAAUCGUCUUUGAAGAUAUGGUCGAAGAUAUUAAAUUUUUAAACACUGAAUCUAUGCGUGUAGGUGAACACGAAACUGAUAACGGCAAAUUUUUGUUAGGUGGAAUGGCAACCUGUCAUUCUUUGAGAUUAAUUGAUGAUGAACUAUUAGGUGAUCCACUUGACGCCAAGAUGUUUGAAUUUACUGGAUGGAAUUUUGAAGAACAAUCAGAUGGCUCAAAUCCAAUAGUGUUCCCUAAGUACGAAAGCGAUGGGUAUAGAAUCAUGAAGGAGUAUGAGUUUAUCUCUUCCUUGAGAAGAAUGUCAGUUAUUGUUAAUGAUGGGAAAGAUAAUAGAUUCGUGUUUACCAAAGGUGCACCUGAAGUGAUGUCUGAUAUUUGCCAUCAGGAAAGUCUACCAACAAACUACGAAGAGUUGUUAUACAAAUAUACCCAUAGUGGGUUUAGAGUCAUUGCUUUAGCAUAUAAACAGUUAGAUAGAGCGGAAAAGAAUAUCAAUAAUCUUUCUAGAGAUCUAAUCGAAUCUGAUUUGACUUUUAGUGGAUUCAUCGUUUUUGAAAAUAAAUUAAAAGAUUCAACAAAGCCAACAUUAAAUAGAUUAAGUGAAGCCAAGAUCAGAACAGUUAUGUGUACAGGAGACAAUGUCUUGACGGCUAUAAGUGUUGCCAGAGAAUGUGAAUUAAUAGAGCCGUGGGUUGAACAUAUCUAUAUUCCAACAUACCAAGAAGGAAAUAACGAGACCAAUCUUGUAUGGGAGGAUUUUAACAACCCAGAGAAUAAAUUGGACCCUAUUUUAUUGAAGCCAUUAAAUUCAAGUACCGGCAAUGAAACUAGCAUUGGCAAACACGAUACGUAUAAAUUGGCGAUCACUGGUGAUGUAUUCAGAUACUUGUUGGUUGAUGUUAAAAACCCAGCAAUUAUUCAAAGGAUGUUGAUGAAGUGUGACAUAUUUGCUCGUAUGUCACCCGAUGAGAAGCAUGAAUUAGUUGAACAACUUCAGAAGAUUGAUUACACCGUGGGUUUCUGCGGUGAUGGGGCCAACGAUUGUGGUGCAUUAAAGGCAGCAGAUGUGGGAAUUUCGCUAUCAGAAGCGGAAGCAUCAGUAGCAGCCCCUUUCACGUCCAGAGUAUUUGAGAUUUCGUGUGUAUUGGAUAUCAUCAAAGAAGGUAGGGCCAGUUUGGUCACUAGUUUCUCGUGUUUCAAGUACAUGUCUUUAUACUCUGCUAUCCAAUUCAUUACCGUGAGUAUCCUUUACAAGAGAGGUACCAACUUGGGUGAUUUCCAAUUCCUUUAUAUUGAUUUAUUUUUGAUCUUACCAUUGGCUAUAUUCAUGUCGUGGUCUAAGCCAUUUGACAAGAUAGUAGUGAAGAGACCUACUGCCAAUCUUGUAUCACCUAAGGUUUUGGUUCCAUUAUGUUGCAACAUUUUAGUGUUAUUAUUUUUCCAAGUAUUUUUAUGGUUAUUUGUCCAGACUCAACCAUGGUACAUAAAGCCCAUUCCCGCAGGAGAUGAUGAUGUCAUGUCUUCCGAUAACACCAUACUCUUCUUAUUCGCAAAUUUUCAGUACAUCUUAAUCGCUGUUGUUUUGAGUAUCGGUCCUCCAUACAGACAAUCCUUUGUAUCCAACUACCCAUUCUUGAUCAACUUAGGUGUGUGUACCUUAGUUUCUACGUUGAUAUUCACCAUCGACCAACACUCAUGGUGGGGUGAAGUCAUGCAACUUACGAACCUCUCGACCCCAUUCUAUGGCUUGAUUAUGGUGUCAGCAGUAUUAAACUUAGGUAUAAUGUGGAUGGGAGAGCAUUACUGGUUCAAGUCAUUGGCAUCGAUAUACAAGAGAACGUUUCAAAGAUACAAGCUUGAACGUAGUAGUAAGACAUUCAAAAAUUUGCAAGCAGAAGAUAACCUACAGACUGUAUAA